AUGACGUCUUCGGACUCUAUCCCCGGUCUUUACUUCACCGCGCAUCAGGAGUAUGUCAUGCGCGUGCUCUCGGUGGCUGCUUCAUCAGUUUCCAUUGCAGCUGGCCUCUUGGCUUUAUACCUUUACAUUUCCAUGCGCGUCAAGGUCUUUCGGCAUCAUCUGAUUUUACUUCUGUUGCUUUUCGACUUUGGAAAGGCCGUUGUCCUGCUCUGGUAUCCCUCUCGAGUGUUAAACGUACCUUCAGCUUAUGACAAUGUCAAUUUUUGCGAUAUUGUCGGUUUCCUUACAUCGGCCUUUAUUGAAGCCGCUGACUUUGCCGUCUUGUCUCUUGCAAUACACACGGCUUUACUUGUCUUCACUUCAAACUCGGGUCCCGAAGGCGGUCUCUAUCCAUAUAGGAACUGGGUUUAUUCAGCCCAUGUUCUUGUUCCCUUAGGUAUGGCUUCUCUAGUUUUCAUCAAUAAUGGCCGACGCUCAUUUGCACCAAUGGUCACCUGGUGCUACAUCCCAGUCAAACCAUUAUGGUCUCACAUUUUGCUUUCUUGGGCUCCACGUUACAUCAUCAUCGUUUCAAUUCUGGCCAUCUAUUUGGCCAUUUACAUCUACGUUAAACUUGAGUACCGUAAGGUGGUCAAAGACUUUAAAUCAACACAAACAGCACAUCACUCAGUGACUUCCCCUGCUGUGGCUUCUCAAGCUGAUUCUGCAGAUCCAGAACUGACAGGACACGAUUACACAGCAUAUAUUUUAGACACUUCAGAUAUGGAAAUCCAGCCCCAUCCAUGGCUAGACAAUAGCAAUGCUGCUAGCAGCAAAAAGGAAAUGAGCUCGGUUAUUGGCUCAAGUGCUCAUGCUCAUCCCACUACACACUCCUCCACCAACACCCGCAUAAAUCAGUCUAAAAUAAAGUUGAAAUUAAAGCGGUGGAACAAGAUGAUUUGCCGAUCGCUUCUUACUUUCAUUUCAUAUUUCCCAGGCUUUGGAUUUUUAAUGCCACGCAGAUAUGACGACAGCGAAGAUGACGAAGUUGACAUGGAUCCAACUAUGAUUGCUGUACGUGCAUUUCAAAGAGAGAGUAUGGCAAAUUUUCAGCUGCGCCGCAACGCGAUUGAGCGCCAGAUACGGUCCAUUUUUGUGUACCCUGUCGCGUAUAUUUUCUUGUGGAUGGCUCCAUUUGCUGUCCACGUCCUACAAUACAAAACCAUGACCAACCAUGGCGGUGUCUUUUGGAUAGGCGCCAUUGCGGCAUUCAUGCAACCGUUCAACUGUGUCGUCGAUACUGUCGCCUUUUGCAUUCGAGAAAAGCCAUGGAUAGAUCGUAAAGAAGUCAUUUUUACUCGUGAGAAUGCAGCACGUGUGUUCCCGUGCUUUUUCAAAGACAAGUAUUAUGACCAAGACUCCGAUAUGGAAUUGGCCAAAGAAAUGUAUUAUGGAGAAGAAAUGAACCGAGCAAACACUAUCAGGAAUAAAAAUCAAAAUAGAACUGGGUUCUCGGAUCCCAAUGUUUUCGGCGGGACGCAAAAUACAGCUCAUGUACCCGGCCACCAGCAUACCAAGUCGAGUAACAAGAAUACCCUACAUCAAACUGUGCUUUCAUACAUGGAUAAAAAGAGCAUCCUAGAUUAUGAUCAUGACGAUACAGCCACCACGUCUACGGCAACUCAUAUGAUAAAGCAUUAUUCUGGUACAGCAUCGAACAUUCAGCAACCAGAGGCUGAAAUAGCCAAAGCACGCCAAACUUCUUUGGGCUCAGAUUUGUCUAACUCAACCGACGUAACUUACCCACAUGGAAAUCAGCCACAAGUUCCCACUUUCCGACCUCUUGCACCGCCAAUUAUCUUUCCAACGAGAGACCAUCCACACAAUCAUCACUGCACACUUCCAUCGACCUCACCCCGAUCUUCUGGAGAGCGUAGACGGCCACGUUCAUCAUCACCGCAUUUUAAAUCAUUUUUGCAUAUUGGAAAUCGACGUGGAGCAUUGCCUGGAGAUCCCUCACCGCUCAGCAGGCCUACAGUUAUUCCAUCAGAUACUCCUUUCAUGACCACUACGGCACGACGAGUAGAUUUAGAUAAGGGAAAGAGUAAUGGAGAUGACGACGAAAGUGAAGGUGAAAUGGACAUUCUGGAGUUUUUACGGUAA